AAACAAUUAUAUCUACAUGCCCAUUGCCCACCCCAAAAUAGCCUCUCCUUCUCCUUCCUUCAAUUCUUUCUCUAUCUAGCUCCAUGAAAGAAGUAUAAUUCAAGGAGGAUCAUAUCAAAGAGAUGAAGAACACCAUAAGAUGUUGUAUCUCAUGCAUUCUUCCCUGUGGUGCACUUGAUGUAAUUCGGAUCGUUCACUCGAAUGGACACGUGGAGGAAAUCAGUGGCAGCAUCCGCGCAGCCGAGAUCAUGAAACUAUACCCUAAACACGUACUCAAGAAACCCUCUUCUCCGUCCUACACGGAUGAAGGCACCGUCAGCUGUCCGAAGAUCAUCAUCAUGCCGCCAGAUGCCGAGCUUAAGCGUGGCCAGAUUUACUUCCUCAUGCCGGUUCCUCCUUCUUCCAUGCCAGAAAAGGCUCGUUCCAAGGCCUCCGCAACUACAAGAAAGAAAAAGAACGUUGCAAACAAGAAUGAUCAUCAUAACAGUUUAUUGACGAACCUUCUUGUAUCUGAUCGCUACUUGACUGAGAUUUUAUCGGAGAAGGUGAAGGAUCGGAGGAGAGGUCGUGUGCGCGUGUGGAGACCUCAUUUAGAGAGCAUUUCUGAGGCUACAAGCGAUGCCAUCAAUUAAUGAUGUCGAUUUUCUUGGAUUAAACCCUUUUUUGAAAAAUUCAAAUUCAUUUUUCAUAUCGUAUUCGUAUAUAUGAAGCUCAAUUCCUGUGUUGUUCUUGUUCAUUUCUUUUCUGAAAUUUUUUGUACAUACAAGAAAGGGAAAAACAAGUAAUAACAUGUAAUCAUCAAAUUCUGUUACUUAGU